AUAUAUAAAUUUACAAAUUAGAUACAGUUGAUGUAAACAAAAUAUUUAAAAAAAUACUUCAAAUGAGCUUUUGAAAAAACACUUUUUCUUAUUGUUAAUAUUUACGCUCUAGACACCCGAAAUCGGAGCUUUGUAAAGGUUCCUGAAGGCAUCUUGAGUUCGCGGCUGGUCAGUCAGCUUCUCCGCCGUAAACAGCCGGCAUUGAGACAGAGCCCAAGUAGGUGUGGAUUCAGCAGAUCCGCGACGAACUUUUUAAAACAUGGUACUUGUUACAUAAUCGUUUUAAACUUGACUGAAAGCUGAGUGGUUUUCAGCUCUGAGUGCGCACAGACACUAUUUUCUUCCGUUUCAGACAAGCAGUACCUCCGCCCUUCCUGUUUUAUUGUGCACACAGCAGGACUUUUAACAUACCUACAAUGACAAUCUUCGAGGACAGUGGUGUGCACACCUUUGGUCCUGAACUGCCAGCUAUGUUUGAUGGCAUGAAGCUGGCAGCAGUAGCUGCUGUCCUGUACAUCAUUGUCCGAUGCCUGAACCUGAAGAGUUCGAUAGCUCUGCCAGAAAUCAUCUACCAGGACACGCCGCUCAGCCGGUACCUGCUCAAGUCUUGCCCAAUGAUGACUAGAGAAUACAUUCCUCCCUUGCUUUGGGGGAAGAGUGGUCAUUUCCAAACGGCACUGUAUGGAAAGAUGGGACGGAUCAACACUCCAACACCCUGCGGGGUUCGCAUGUUCCUCCCAAUGCAGGAUGGAGCCACAGCAACCUUUGACCUAUUUGAAGCUCUCGGGGACCACAGCACAGGAGAUGACGUUACCAUGGUAAUCUGCCCUGGGAUUGGUAACCAUAGUGAGAAGAACUACAUUCGGACCUUUGUGGAUUACUCCCAGCGGCAGGGUUACCGCUGCGCUGUCCUCAACCACCUGGGAGCUCUGCCUAACGUGGAGCUCACCUCACCACGCAUGUUCACCUACGGUUGUACGUGGGAGUUUGGGGCCAUGGUGGGUUAUAUCAAACGUGCUUUUCCUGAUACAAUGCUAGUGGUUGUUGGCUUCAGUCUGGGAGGAAACAUCGUCUGUAAGUUCCUGGGAGAAAACCGAUUCAACCAGGACAGAGUGCUGUGCUGUGUCAGUGUUUGUCAGGGAUACAGUGCCCUCAGGGCUCAAGAAACAUUCCUUCAGUGGGACCAGUGUCGGAGACUUUACAACUUUGUGCUGGCUGACAACAUGAAGAAGCUCAUCCUGUCACACAGGGGCAGCUUGUUGGGCAUGACCUCCAGCAACUUUGACCACGCAGACCUGAACAGAUUGUAUGCAGCCACAUCUCUGACGCAGAUUGAUGACAUUAUCAUGAGAAAAUUCCAUGGUUAUGGUUCCCUGAGGGAAUACUAUGAGAAGGAGAGUUGUGUCCACUACAUCCACAAAAUCUCUGUACCCCUCCUCCUGGUAAACUCCUCAGAUGAUCCACUAGUACAUCAGUCACUUCUGGCUAUUCCUCGCACACUUGCAGAGAAGAUGCCCAAUGUGAUAUUUGUCCUCACCCAGCACGGAGGCCACAUGGGCUUCUUUGAAGGAGCCGUGCUGUUCCCGCAGCCCCUCACCUGGAUGGACAAGGUCAUUGUUGAAUACACGGAUGCCAUCUGCCACUGGGAGAAGAAGGGGAGCCCCGACCAGGACACGGACUCUUCUUGACAAAGCACGGGAAUGAAGCUCAGUGGGUAAUGCAUACAUACAACAAACUCCCAAAGACAAAACAAGGAGAUUCUCAAACCCAGCUCUGCAUUUCUGCUCAACAUCAGCACUAACAAACUCACAGUUCAGUCUUUCUGGAAAUACUGAACUGUUUCUUCAUCUUUUUUCACUUGACCGCCACUGUAACAGCAAUCAAACCCUGUGCUGCUUUUUGUCAGUGUUUGGUGUAGCUGAGAGGUGAAAUUCAACUACACUGUAAAGAUUACCUUUUACUUUCAGACUAUUUUUAUACGCACAAUUACUACUCAAAACAUUCCUUAAAAAUACUCAUUCCGAUUGGUUGAUAAAUCCUCAAGUAUUAAUAAAUCAGUUUACACACAAGUAAGACAGUAAAGCACAAGAGAAAAUCAAAGUGCCUUCUAUAAAUGAGGUAAACUAAGAUUUCUGAUGCAGCUGUUGUGCUGAGUAGCUGAACAAGUUGUUGUUAGGACUGUUUUCAGAUAUCUCAAUUCCUUAAUAUGAUAUGUUUGAAGAGAAUGUGGCUGCUUAUUGCAGGAUAAAUCUGAUAAGAUAUUAUAUUUUGCACAGUGGAUCAUCAGGAUGUGUUGCUGUCCUAAAAAAAAAAAAAAAAGAAGUCCAAGGUUUUUCUGCUUUUUUUUUGUUGUUGUUGUUUUUUUUACAUAUUUAAAGAGGUUGAGUAAUUCUUAAAACUAUACAGGCACUUUAUACAAACUUGCUGUAACCUGGUAAUUCCAACAUUGCACUGCUUUGUGUAAACUUGUACAAUUCCAUUAUUUACUUCAUAGGACUUUAAAAAACGUUGUAUGUUGGUUUUCAUUGUCAUGUCUAUCGGGGGAAGAUGAAGAGGUCGGGUGGUUUGGUUUUUUUAAAUGCAGCUGGGUUAUUACUGCUGCAGAAAAUACCCUGCAACAAGGCAAAAAAAUAUAUAAAUUAUAAAAUAAAGAUGGAAAAGAAUGUAUGUAAAUAUUACGUCUAUAAGACGUAAGCAAAGCUUUUAUGUCGUCCAUAAUUGUGAAAUUUUAAAAGUUUUUUUUAGGUGUAUUUUCAGUUGUUAUACACAUAAAGCUCUGGGGUUCCUCAUAAAAUUGUGCUUUUCAAUGAAAAAAAGUACUAAUGAACAAAUCAAACAUGAAACAAAACAGGUGCGAAAAUUGUAUUUUCUCCUUCUGUAAAUUCUUGUUAUGUCUUUCGUCGAUAUUCAUCAGUUUCCAUUGUAGAUGCAGUAAACUACAACCAGUGCCUACAAUUCCACACAAUUUCAAUUUGUUUACAUUUCUGAAUAAUCAACUUUUAAAACAACACAACUUCUAUCUGCAUAUCUUAAAUUCACCACUUUGUAUGUGCAAUAUGUCCCGUUUCGUUUUUGCAAUUUAUUGGAUUUAUCUUUUUGUAACAUGCAUCAGCAUGUUUUUUUAAGCAUAUGUUUUUUGUUGUUUUGCAAUGAUAUAAAGAGCAAUGACUGAACUAAUACGUUAAUAAAGUUUUCUACAAGUGUG